UAGAUUUUAAUAUAUUUUAUCUCAAUAAUGAAAUCGAUACACAAUUAUGUUCUCAGUGAGAUUAUUGGCAAAGGAGCUAUGGGGGAUGUCUACCAGUGUCAGAUUAAAAAGAAUUCCAAAAUAGCCCCCUCCGCUAGUAAAAGGAUGAGAAAGGGUAGAAAAGUAGCCUGCAAGAUGGUGAAAUUUAAGAAUAUUAGCCCACUUCAUAAGAAAUACCUUAUAAAAGAAAUAGAACUCUUGAUAAAGAUCCAACAUGAUAAUAUAAUCAGGUUCCUUGAAGCCAAGAAGACUUCUAACAAUAUCUACAUUUUCAUGGAACUUUGUAACGGAGGGACCCUCAGAAGAUUCCUUGAUCUCCAGGAUGGUAAACUUGAAGAGGAAUUAGUCCAGAAGAUCACCAAGCAAAUUGCUGAAGGGCUUAACCAUCUGAAUGAAAACGAGGCGAUGCAUAGGGACCUAAAGCUGGAUAACAUCUUACUCAACUUUCCAAAGUAUGAAGGAGAUGGCAUUGUUCCAGAUGAAUAUAUUGAAGAAUUUGACCAUGAAAAAGAAGAAAUAGAAGUUAUCAUAGGUGAUCUUGGCUUCGCAAGAUCUAUUGGAGAGGACGAGCUGACUACUUCUUACUGAGGAACUCCUGUUAAUAUGGCACCAGAGAUCAUGAACAGAGAAUCUUAUAAUUCUAAAGUUGAUAUUUGGUCUUUGGGUACGAUGAUUUAUGAGCUGCUGGUUGGCUUUUCUCCAUUCAUUGGAAAGACUCAGGAGGAAUUGGCGGAAAAGGUGAAUUACGGAGAAUAUGGGAUUCCUAAAAAUCUUAAUGUUUCACUUUCAUUUUUAAGUCUUGUCAAUAAAUGAUUGCAGUUUAACCCAGAAGACAGAAUAAGCCAGAGGGAACUAAUUUCUGAUCCUUUUCUUAAAAAUAAGGAUACUUUUGAUAAAGUUGAUUUGGCAGAGAUCUUAGGAGUUAAAAAUGACCCUAAAUAUCAGCCACCUUACAGCGGGUUUAAUUUUACAACCAAGAACUCAAUUCUCAUAAAUGUUAAAAAUCCAAAAAUCUUUGAUAGUUUUAUCAGAAAGAUAAAGGCUAUGAAAGAAGAUUCAUCUCGGAUAUCUGAAGUAAAAGAGGAGGAGGUCAAGAAAACCCCUUUAUCUUCAGAUUCUAGUCCCCCUAAUCAGCCAAAAGAUACUUUAGAGGAGAAUAAAAUCAAUGCAAAAUUAGUGGUACAAGAAAACUCUGAUUUAUCAAAUGAAAGGAGUAAUGAAUCACAUUUGAAUAAACAAGCUUCCUUAGAUCCUAACAACAUCCAGAAAUAAACCUUUCCAUUUCCGCCGAUUUUCAAGGCCAACAGGAGGUUUUAUCAACUGAAUGUUGACGCAAUUGAAUACUAACAACAAGAUUGAUGAACCUUCAGUCCUACUAAAAGGUUUGCCUUCAGAUAAUAUUUCACAAGCAGAUAGCCUCCAAGGAGGUGAUAACUCGAUCAAAAUUGCAAAAGAUCCCCCUCAAAAUGAUGUUAGAACUACAGCUCUUGCUUCCAAUGAGAAAGUUCAUGAUAGUAGUAACCAAGAGAGUCAACGUUUUGAGAUCCUACCAAAACCCCUUGACAUUUUGUAG